CAUCAAUAGAGAUACUUUUGUCAAACGCAUGUCAAAAGAACAUUUCUUUUACCGUAAAGUGUUUUAUACUAACUGUUACGUUUAAAUUUAUUUGAAAACUGCAGAAAUGAGGCGAAUAAGGCGACUCGACGAGCCGUCAAUGAGUGACAAGACUCUUCUUGUGAGCGUUGAGGAUCUCAUCAACAGGGCGUUGGGUCCGGCUCAUUGUAAUGUUGUUAAUUACAAAUUGAUUCACACGAUACUCCACAUCCUGGCUAGGCAAAUGCGUAUGUUGGAGCAACUCGUUGAAAUAAAAAUGUCAGACUUGGAGGACCUGGAAGAUGGUUACCCGGAGCAGAGCUCUGUCAAGUCGAGCCCUACAAAAGGCAGUCCGAGCAGAAGGAGCCCGACAAAGGACAGGAGUGACAAGUCGAAGUCACCACCGAGGAGAGGAGAAAAACAUAUAAAUGAGAGGGACAAGGCUGAUAAAGGAGGCAAAGAUGGAGAGAGAGCAGAAAGAGGCUCAUCUAAAGAUAGGGCAUCAAAGGAAAGAGAGAAAGGGGAAAAAGAUAGAACCAAGGAGGAUAAAGCUGCCACUAAGGAAAGGGAGAGAGCGGAAAAGAUAGCCGCUAAGGCAGCCAAGGGCACGGACCGAGAGAAAUCGAAAGAGCGGCCGAAAAAACUAAGUUCAGGAGCCAGUAUUGCUAUUUCCGAAGUGGAGCGUCAAAAAGAGAAGGUGUUAGUCGUCGAGAAAGGUCCAUCUACGACAUCGCGUCACGAGCGGCGCAGCCUGGAGGUGGUGACGCGGUCGGAGUUCGACCUGUUGGAGGCGAUGGUGCGACAGAUCGGAGAGCUGGCGGGUCCAUUGCCUUUACCUGCGCUGCCGACCAAUAGGAAGCUGCGCAGUGACAUCGCCGCGGGACACGCCUCGCUCACUGACACCAUGGAGGCUAUGCAGUUGUCCGCUCGAGUGCACGCGGCGGAGCGGGCGGUCAGUCAAAUGGCGGACCUGCUUACGCAGCUGGCGGCGGCCGGGGCGCUGCCGAGGGAGGUGGCUGAUAUGGUCUCUGAGCUGGAGUCGCCUAGAGCAGUCCAAGGUGAAAUGAAGCGCAGGCCCAGCGCCGUAUCGCAUAAGUCGGUGGGAAUACAUCCCUCGAUGCUGGACGAGCACUCGGAGCCGAGGGUCAGCCGGGCGCCCUCCAGGUUCUCCGUGGCGGCCUCGCGAGCCUCAAUGCGGAGCUCCAUGGUGCCGCCUGCAUCUAUAGAUGAGGAGAUGCCUGGUGUAACCCACCCAGAGAUGGAUGUCGCUAUGCAAGCCCUCAGAGAGGAGCUGAUGAAACAGGCGCAGACGAUAACGCACAAGGCGAACGCGGUCGCCGACAGUGCACACCAUACCGCCAGGGACGUGUCUGAGAAGCUGAUGAUCGCCAUCGGGCUGAGCGACCGCAUCUCGACCCUCAACGGGCAGGUGAUGGACUACGCCGAGCAGCUCAGCGGCUUCGAUACGGGGCUGUCUUCGCAGAUGACGAGUUUCCGCGACCAGAUGACGCAGAUGCGCGGCGAGCUGAAGGAAGGCCUGGCGCAACUGGCUCUCGUCAAUAACAACGCGGAGACCGCUGCGGUUACGGACUUGACUGAGCGGUACGAGCUGCUGGUGUCGGAGAUGGGCCGCACCACGCAUGCCCAUACAGGCCUCAUCACCUUCCAGCAACAACUGGCUGAAGAGUUGAAGAGUUUGGUGGAGUGCGUAGAGAUGCUGCGUGAACAAAAAGCUGACCGAGAUGAAGUUUUGGACGGUUUGAGAGACAAGGCCGAUAACUCCCGUCUGGCGGGUUUGCUGACGUCACUGGAGUUCGCUGUGGCGCGCGCAGAGAUUGAGGCGCGGCUCGCCGUCUGCCAUGACAAGUUCCACAAGCAGGAUACCGCCUGGAUGACAGCUCUGAAGGAUCUGUGCAAGGUGGCAGAGGAGAAGGCGGAGUUAACCCAACUCUUAGCGGCGCGCGACGACGCCAAAGAAAAGCUGCGGGAGUUGCAGGAUAUGCAGAAUAAAUUAGCUGCCGCCUUGGGAGAGCCCAAGGCGGCGCUGAUAAUGCGCGCCUUAUCCAAAGGCGCGUACUGCGCGUCCUGCUUGUCGGGCGCCCUCAUGGAGCCGGCGGACCCGUGGUACGGCGCGCCCCCGCCGCUGCCCCCCGCGCGCCCCCUGCCCGACCCCCAGCCUGACUGCGUCACUAAAUGGCGACCCCCCGCGCCGCCUGAACGAAGAGAGCACGCGUGCAACCGCUGGGCGGGCGGGUCGCACACGCGCGUGCGGGCGGUCCGGACGCGCGCCGCGCCGACGCCCCGCGCACUCGGCGCGCCCCACACGCGGGGCUAUACCGACUACGGGGACGAUGGACGGCUAUACAUGAUGGAGGAAAGUCUGCAGCCUUGCCAAGAGUGUAACUUACGUUUAGAUGAUUUGGACGAUGAGAUCAUCGAGCAAGGAGCCGGAGAUCAGGGCGCCGGCAACCAAGACAACGGAGACAAUGAAGUCACUAAAUUGAUUGUUGGCGAACCUCAGUAAUGACGGACAUUUCUUGUGGUUAAUAUCAAAUUAUAUAUACGGGCAAAUUACAGUGUGGAUUACCAAUAAAACAUAUUACAAUCAUUAUAAUUGUUUUAAUGUAAAAAUAAAUAAAUAAUUUACAUCGAAGCAUAUUUACAACUUAUCAUUCGCUUACUUAUAUAAUUUAAAUAAAUACCUAAAAGAUACUCUAAAGUUAUAACACUUAAAGUAAAUGUUUGUAUAAAUAUACCAGAAUGUUUUGAAGCACCUGGCUAAGGAGAAAGGAUACAAUUAUAUUUAAGUAUUUAUAAAUUAUAAAUUCCAGCUAAUCUUCUUAGUAAAUAAAUAGUUAGUUAAUGCAUGAAGAUUCAGCGGACUUAAAGCAAGAUAUAUAAAUCAAUACCUAAAUCAAAUAAUGUAAUGCAAUAUAACGGAUCCUCUGGCAGAGAUUACAUAAUAUUUGAUUUUGCGUUUUGCGUAUUUGAGACUCCACGAGACAUGCAUAUGGAUAAUGGAUCAUUGAUACUUUGAUUCGAAUAGCAUCGCUUAUUAAAGUUUUUUAAAAGUCUUAUAAUACCUGCGGUAAAAGUUAAUUAAAACUUUAGUUGCCAUAAUUCGACUAUUUUCAAGUUCUUAUUAAUUAAAAUAACAUGAUAAUGGGCCCAAUUCUGGCGUGAUUCUCUGAAGUUAAAACUAAAUUUAACAUCAGUCUCUCCUUUUCAUUCUGUAUAGAGAAUGACAAGGAUAUACUGCUGUCAAAUUUAAGAUUAGCCUAGAGAUUCAUGCUAGAAUCGACACCAAUGUCUCCUAAAUCUUCAUGCAAUGAAUGUAAUCAAAUAUCGUGUGGUAAGAUUUAAAACGUUCUUUAUGGAAAUGUGAUUAAAUAAAUAGUUAUUUGGUAACAAUAAAUACAAAAUGUGAUACAGGGUGAUGUUCGAUCGUCGAGUUUUGUAUUAGUUAUAGGAAUAAUGUCAUUCUUAUGGCUCUUUUCUAUAUUUCAACAAUAUGAAAUUCAUAAAUUACAAGAUUUAUUUAGCAACAAAAUUAUAGUUCAACAACAUUUGUCGGAAAACUCUGAAAGCAACUUAAUCAUCGUUUCAAAAUAUUAUUUGAGAUUUGAUUAUUUAAAUUGGCACUUGUUCAUUCACUGUUUUAACAAAAUUCAUUGUCACCCUGAAAUCAAAACUGGCUUAAGCUAUCUUAAAGAUAUGAAUAAAUAAUUAUCGUAUAAUCUUAAAAGUUUACCUAAAAAUCACUUUUAUUCAUCGAUAAGAGAAUUUUCCCUUCUUACAGUGUGACUUGUAGACUUAAAAAAAUUAAGUCUUUCGCAUAGGUGUUAAGAUUGUGAUUUCAUAACAUAAAUAUUUUUCUAAUGAUGAAUUUCGUUAUGAAGCAAGAUAAUCAAUUAUAGACAUCUUAAAAAACUGCUAUCUAUAGUCUUCAGUCAGAUACCUUCUUUAAAAUUGUAUUUUAAAAUACAAAUAUUGUAUAUUACGAGCAACUAAAUCUCAUAUUUUCACGUAAAUAUUUAAACAUUAAAGACAACGUAAUAAUUAUACCUCUAAGGGUGAGUGAGAGGCUUAUAAAACUUUAACCGCACAGUAAGGUAAAAAGUGGGUUGUACCAUUUGACGAUAGUUAAAAUGAAGUCAUAAUUUGAUGAUCACAAUGGUGCCGAUUCUGGGCAUGAUUCUCUCAACUUAAAACUACAUUGAACAUCUGUCUCUCCUUUUUAUUCUGUAUAAGGAAUGACAAGGAUAAACUGUUGUCAAAUUUAAGUUUAGGUUUACAGAAUCGUGCCAGUAUCGACACCAAAACCUGUCCAAGCGGGGUCAGUUAAAGUUAUGGUAGAAUUUAACUUUAAUUAGUUCAACUCACACUAAAUAAAUAAAAGAUUAACGUAAUGAUAAAAGUCAUAUCCGUCGAGAGAGAUUUUAUAAAAAUCUCAAUGUUUUUCAUCCUUUUUCCGAGACUUUUAGAAAGAAUUGUUAUCAAAUGCAAAUUGUCUUUUGUAGUGUCGUGUUGUCAAAAUAAAUUGAUUUGUGUAUUACAGAUCAUUUAAGUCACAAAUCGAUAAUUUACUUAUUUUCAUAAGAUUCCAAAGACGUAAACAUUGAUUCAAGAUUUUCAUUGCAAUUGUGAUUUUUGAUUUGUGAUAGUGUAAUUCUUGAACACUCUUGGAAUCACAUUAAAGUUGGGAUCUUUUUAGUUACAUUUUAAUUUGAAUUUUCGUUUUAUGAAGUACCUAUGAUGAUUUUCUUUGCAUAUAAUAACUCAACGGUAUUAUUAUGACAUAGUAUUUCCAAACAUGCAUUAAUUGUUUGUAUUUGCCUAGUUUGGAUAAUACCUCCAUUCUUGUUAUUUUUAAUUACUACCGUCAAAACGAUAAGAGUACAAUAGUCAUUUUAAUUUCUCGUCAACAUUUUCAACUUUAAAAUUGUCUCAGACUCCAAAAAAAACUGUCCAGAAAUUUGAUGGCACGCUAAACGUUAGCUUUUAAUAUCAAAUUACUUUUCAAUAUACAUUUCGUAAGUCAAUUUCAUGCCAUAGUUAACGAUAUCGUGUACAUUCAGUAUAAUAGAACAAUGAAACUGAAGCUCAACUAUUCUUUAGUUUUCGUUUUCAUUAUAAUAUACCAUUCACAAGUUGACCGUAUAAAGCGUGGAAUACAUCGCACCUUUGGACUUAAAGUGACGUAACUUGAAAAUAUUCGUUAUUUCUGAUUGUUCAUCAAAUUGACUUUUUAUGAAAGUAUUCUGUAUUAUAACCCUGUGUAAAAAGAUUUACUGAUAUACAUUUUUUUUAUUUAGUUGACUCUCAUUUUGUUGCGAACAUUGCGAGCGAAAUGCGAUUCGCUUCGCUUCCGCAAUGAGGCGUUUUUGGUUGGAUAUUUUCUGAAGAUUCUUACAGUUAUAACUUGACUGUAUAAAGCGUGAAACACAACACAUUGGGAACGAAACGCGUUUGCUUCGCUUCGUCCUCCCAAUAGGGGUGAUGACGGGGUACAGUAAACGAAAUUCUAUUUAGUCCGUCAGUUAGAUGAUCAAAAAAUAAUGGACACGUAUUUUUUCUUUGGCCAAUCAACCAAAAAAUGACAAAGUUAUAGCGCGUCAAAGUUUGGGAGUAGGGGCUCGUGACGUCACUCUUGAGUGAAUUUUCACUUAUAAGUGUACUCAAACGUGACGUCAUGCGACUUUUCAAAUCAAUAUUACUCUGCAAUGUUUAUAUUGCGUGAAAAAAGAAAAAAUACGUGUCCAAUACUUUUUGAUAAUCUACCUGAUAAACGAAGAAAUAAAAUUUGUCAUCAUCCCUAUUAGGCUUUUUAUUGAAUGUUUUUUUUUAAGUCCGUAUUGGUUAGUUCUGGUGGGUUGUUCGUAUGGUGUGGCUAGUGUGGCUGACACCGGAACCGCUGGCAGUCGUGGUCGCGGCUAGCGGCCAUCACGUCGCCGAGCUGGUGGGCCACUUGCGCUGCGCCCGCGCUGCCUCCUCGGGAGAUCCUGCAUACCAAAGAAGCAAUAUCAUCAAUCUGAUUUAAGACAUGCAUGUACGUUAGGAGCUCGAUAGCGCAAGUGGUCAGAGAGUCAGUUUUGUAACAGUAGUAUGGUAUCUAUCUAAUGCCGCUUUCUAUAUAUACUAAAUAUAAAAUUUGUUGUAACUAUAUAUCUAUACCCUAAAUAAUGUAAUGGAAGGUGACUUCAGAAGUAUGUCUGAAGUCAUUUUUCAACUUGACGACUCUGUAUAUAUCAAUACAGGGAGAAAAAAGCAGCCCUUGCUGAGUUUCUUGCCGGUUCUUCUCAGUACAAGGUCUCCCGCCGUAGUUUUGCGAACCGAUGGCGUAGCUUCUUGACUUUCACAAGUGCUUGUAACAGCCUAGACUGAAUAAAUGACUUUUUAUUUCAUUUCAUUUCAUUUCGUUCGGCUGUGAUCGUUGAAGUAAAGCAACGAGCUCCUCCGUGCUUCGGAAAGCACGUUAAGCCGUUGGUCCCGGCUGCAUCUGCAGUCGUUAGCACCCACCGCAUCCGAACCGCACUGGGCCCGCGUGGUGGGGCAUGGCCCAAAACUCCCUAUUCCAUUCGUAGGGAAGGCCUGUGCCCCAGCAGUGGGGACAUUAAUGGGCUGAUGAUGGUGAUGAUGACAAUGUACGUUAUAUAUACUUUUCCAGACACAAUGUACGUUAUAUAUACUUUUCCAGACACAAUGUACGUUAUAUAUACUUUUCCAGACACAUAUAUUUUCUCAGUUACCGUUAUAAGUUUCAACGGUCUGUAGCAAAAAUAUAAUUAUGUUAGGUUGAGAAUAAUUAUAAAUUUAAAAAAAAACACGAAAAGGAUGUUUUAUAAACCUUCAAAACUGUUUCAAAACUUUCUGCCCAGUGUAACAUUUAUUUUUAACUAGAGAUCGUCAAAAUCGUAUAGGUCGAACUUAAAAGGCUAGAUGGGCCGAUAGAUGUGGC